AUGAAUAAUAACAUAAAGUAUGUAGCUAUAGGAAAUGCAAUUAGCACUGAAAUUGUUCUCUAAGAGACAUUAGAUCCUUCAAAAAAAGACAAUUUUGAAAGGGAAGCAAUUAAUAUUUUAAAAAAGGAAAUAGGUACUCUUACCUCUCCAAGCUCUGUAAAUAAAACACUCAAAAAAGAUUCAACAAGCGGUAUUAUCUAUUAUCGCUCAACUUAAGACGGAGAAGUGAUUUAUUUUGUAAUUGCAAAGCCUACAUAUUCUUACAAUAGAAUUUAAACUCUAAUAGCAGAAAUGGCUAAACUCAAUUCUUAGAAAAUGGAUGAAAGAAAGCUCUCUAACUGCAUUUACGAUGUAUUGAGAUAAUAUGAUGCUAAUCCUUAAGAAAAAGACUCUCUAUAAAUAGCAAAACAAAAUAUUGAUAGUUUGACAAAUAAUGUAAAAGAAAAUGUAGAAAAGGUUAUGAAAAAUCAAGCCUAAUUAGGAGACAUAGAAACUAAAUCUAGAUCUCUCUCAGAUACCUCUCGAAUUUUAGUAAAUUAAUCUAAAUAACUCGAAUAGCAAAUGAGAAACAGAAGACGUCGUAUGUAUAUGAUAAUUGGAUUUAUACUCUUGCUAUUUACUAUAGCAAUGAUAGUUUUUUUUUCAUCUGACUGA